UAUAUAAUCGAAUAUAGUAGAGGCUAGGGUUUGGAGCUUGCUUCUUGUUCGUGUUUCCGCUCGGUGAAGAAGCUCUCCACAAACUUCAAUCGAAAAUGCCUAAGCAAAUUCAUGAGAUCAAGGACUUCCUUCUCACUGCCAGAAGGAAAGAUGCACGCUCUGUAAAAAUCAAGAAGAGCAAAGAUGUAGUCAAGUUCAAGGUCCGCUGCUCCAAGUACUUGUACACACUUUGUGUGUCUGAUGCCGAGAAGGCCGACAAGUUAAAGCAGUCUCUCCCUCCAGGUUUGAGUGUUCAAGACCUGUGAAAAUAGGGCUGCUCCAAGUUUAUCACCUGAUUACUAGGGGAUGAAAGCUAGAUUUUAAUUUUUGGUUUAUUGUAUUUCACGCCAUUUUGCAACAUUCAAAACUCAAAAUUUUCUGUAAUGGAUUUUUAUUUGGUGUUUUUAUGGAUAUUAUAAGGAUAAUAUGCACUUUUAUAAUGGUUAAUGAAUAUUUGUGCUUUCUUUUGUCAUAUUUCCUGUAUCAAUUCUAAGUAU